GCGGACACAUUAGAGUGUGACACACAUUUAGAAAAGUUUCGGCUGCUGAGAGAACAAACUACCUGCUGACUGAGAAAAGAGUGAAGAUGUCCGAGUUAAGCGAUGACGCCAGUGAGUCAGAACAGCUGGGUGCCAGCCUCUCCCUGUGGCUGGGUGACUCCCUGCUGCGAGCUGAGGAGCUGGAUGUCCCUCUGGACCUUCACACCGCCUGCUCCAUCGGCCAGUACGACGUGGUGGCUGAGUGCAUUAAAAAGCGUGAAGUGGACCUGGAUGGCAAGAACAUUGGAGGAUGGACCCCACUUAUGUAUGCGUCCUACAUUGGUCACGACAACAUUGCAAAUUUGCUGCUGGAGGCCCGUGUGAAUGUAAAUUCCACCACCGCCAAAGGACUCACACCCCUCAUGUUGGCCGCAAGCUGUGGGAAUGAAAGUAUCGCAUACUUUCUGCUUCAGCAAGGGGCCGAUUUGGAGUUGAAGGACUCUGUAGGCUGGACCGCUCUGUUCCACUGCACAAGCACAGGCCACCAACAGAUGGUCAAGUUCCUGCUAGAUAACAAUGCUGACGCCAAUGUCAAGGAGCCAGGUUCUGGCUUCACGCCACUGAUGGAGGCUGCUGCUUCUGGGCAUGAAAUCAUUGUUCAGUACUUACUUGAUCAUAAAGUUAAAGUGGAUGAACGCAACGCCAAAGGUGAGACAGCGCGUGCUCUGGCUAUGAUGUACGGCUAUACCAAAAUUGUCAGCCUCAUUGACUCACGUUCUCCAAGAAUGAAACCAGGUUGGGGGGGGGGUUGGUACGUGUGUUCUGAUUUGUCAGGACACUUUGAAGAUCUGAGCUCCUCCGAGGACUCGGACAGCGCACCACCGAGGAUACGGUCCAGCCGAAACCGAGCUAAAGGCAUCAGCAUCCACGAUGGGCCUCAGGCCAUCGCCAAGUUUCGAGUAGGAGGCACCAGCAAACUGUGUGAUCCUCCUGCCGCCCUGCCAGGGUACAUGAUGUUUCGUGGCAUUGGGGAACAGAGCGAGGGUCUCUGCUACCGUGAUGUGACUUCGCCUAUCAAUGAACUGGAUGGCCAGAGCAACAGCAGCAGAGAUGACAGUCCAUUCUUUGACCAUGACAUGCCCACCAUGAGGAGCAGCAGCAGCAGCAGCGAAGGCCUGCCUCAUGUGAUCGGCCUCAACUGGGAAGGCUCUGUUGAGAGUAACGAGGACUCUGACCAGUGUAAAAAGAGCAGCAUUCGCAGAGUAAAUAAGGGUCAUCACUCAAAAGGCAAGACUCGCCACGGGAACAGCGAUGGAGCUCACUCCAGCAGGACAUCAAACUGUGGCGCUGGUCUUCCGCCUUCCUACACUGGCCCAAAGGAUCUGGCAGAGUUCUUGGAGCAAAUCGGCUUCUCGAAGUAUCUUCCGUUACUUGAAGAGCAAGACAUAGACCUGCGGAUCUUUCUCACCCUGACAGAAAAUGAUCUCAAAGAAAUAGGGAUUACUCUGUUUGGACCCAAACGCAAAAUGACUUCAGCCAUUGCAAGGUGGCACAGCAACGCUCGACCACCCAGCGAUGCUCUGGAACAGGCUUACGCCGACCAGCUCGAGGCUGAGAUGCAAGAGAUGGCCAUUCAGCUACACAAGCGCUGUGAGGAGGUUGAGAGCCUGCAGAGCCAGGUGUCUCAGGAGAAGGAGCUGCGCACAGUAAUGGAGGGAUGUCUAAUGGAGGACAAAAUGGCAUGGAAGAAGGUCCAUGCUGAGUUGGUGGAGAACCACAGGCUGGCUCAAAAUAUGAGUGCCAUGCUGGGGAAGGAAAGGGCAUGCCGCGGUGAACUGAUCUCCUGUUUGACCACAGAUGGGAUCAGCAGCUCUGCCACUGCUGGGGAAGGAACAGGUGUUAAAGCUGGGGAGGGAGCGACGUGUUCCAGUAUUCAAGAGCUGAUGAAGAAGAUGGAUUUGUAUGAAGAAGAACUGGCUGGAAGUCUGCAAACGCUGCUUCAGAAUCUGAGGCGACUGAGUGCCCCAGAAAAAGUCUCAGAUAGCUGGGAACGACCCUAAGCUUUUCAGGACCUUUUUGGAGCACUUGACGGAGGGUGAUUCGCCACCCUGAACAAUGUCACUGAAAUGGGAGAAGGCCAAAUACGAGGCCAGCCACGCCAGGGCCAGAGCGGCUCGGGGGAGCGAAGCCUCUCUGCGGAUCAUCUGGGAUUGGCUGAUGGGCCAGAGCUCGCCAGAUGUGGACGAGGCUAACAAGGGUGGCGCAGCUGCUGCAGGAAAAUGACAAGCAGGCACAAGGGUACCUGACCCUGACUUGCCUGUGCUGGUGUUUGUGGACUGCUGUAGAUGGGCUGUGAAAAUGCGGUGAUGGAGGGGACAGAGGUGAUGGAGGAAAUCGUGGAUCAGGGGUUGUAAUACUGUGAUAUUUCUACGCAACUGUACUCAAAAGUAUGAAAUGUGGUUGAAGUGAUGUUUAUACCACCAGAUGGAGAGUUAGAUUAUAAAAGCAGGUUAGUAGUCAAACUUAAAAUGAGCUCUGCAGUUUAUUUGAAUGAAAUCUUGUCAUUUGUUAUGUUUUUGAAAAUAAUGUCCUGCCGAAUGCCUUUUAAAGAACAGAGAAGAUAUUAAAGUGGGUCUAUUAUGCACAUUUCAAACUGCAUAUUUUGGUUAUGCAGGAGUUGGAAUAAUUUUUGUAUAUACUGGACCGCUUUAGCCUAUACUUUUGAGGACACCAUCCAAGGUUUAAACAUGAGGCGUGAGGCUGCUGUACUCACACGCAGGUCUUUGUAUCAACAGAAAGACCCAAGACUGAAAGAUGUGAGCACCCCCUGUGGUAAUAGUAUGAUAGCACACACAAGGAAAAGCAUUAUAGGUCCUUCAGUGUUACAGCGACGCAUUAUUACUCUGCAUAUGUAGACACUGAGCUACGGAGACUGAUAAAUCCCCAAAACUAAAAAGAAUUUCUGUAUUUGAAUAUCAGUUAAAACCUGCCUACCUGUACAGAUAUUUUAGGAUGUAAUCAUAAACCAAACUUGAAGGACUUUGUCCACAGCAGUUUUAAUUAUGUGAUAAAUUAUUUGGCAAAAAAAAAAAGUAAAUUUGGAGUAAAGGUGCCCAAAUUUAAUUUUUAUUUCAUUCUAACACUCUUAUUGGGAUUUGCGGUGCUCGUUGGGAGUUUGUGUUCUGGGAUGUAUGCAAAGGUCUUCAGAGUCUUCCUCUUAAACCCUGAAUCACUCUCGUCACUUCUGUAUUUGAUGUAUGACUCACACACUCCAGGCUUUCUUACACUAUAAAGUGCCUUGAGAUGAUUUAUAAGUAUAAGAUUUGGUGCU